CCUCCGUCUCCUUGCACCCCCAACUCGGACUUGGUGCGUGGCACGCUCGGAGUCUGCGCGAUGAGGAGGAGGUGCUGCACUCCGGGAGUGCACUCAUCUGGCGAAGCACAGGCUGCAGCGCGGCAGGCGGCACGAGGAGCUGUCGCCGGCGGGCGGCCCUCGCACCUCUUUCGGCCGCAAGCGGCGCGCUGUCUAGGGACGCUUGCGGUCGAGACUCCUUCGCAGGCGUGGGACUGGCUCACCCUCUGUCGCCUGGACGCUCGUGGGCAACCACAGCAGACGACUGCCUGGGUUCCUCGCAAGCCGGGAGAUGAGCUGAAGUCUAGUCUGGCUAAGCAGGCACAGCGAGCCCCUUGUUCACAUUUUGCAUGCAAAAGCUCUGUCCUCAGCAUCAGGCGCUGGGCGUACGGCGCGUUGAAGACGGGACAUGUCGCAUGCGAGCCGACCACUCGUCCGCAGCGAGCAGGAGGUCAAAUGGCCGCUUGCAAAGCCUGCGGCUGCUCCUACUCGUCCGGGGGCCCUACGCACCUUCUUGCGAUGAAAAGGUAGCAGCCCUGAGAGCGGCUUGUGCGACGGUCAGCCGUCUGCCAGG